AUGACAGUGGCGCCACUCGACUUUGCGACGAUCACAGGGCUCAGAGUUGGAGGAGACCCGAUCCCUUACGACUCGAGUCUGGUGCUGGACGACGCGGCUCUGAGGUGGUUCCUCGGGCGAAUGCCACGCCACAGCGGGGGGAUGGCAGCUUACGGGCAGUUCAUGGAGUACUGGGACCACGAGCCUGCGACUGACGAGGAGGCGGCCCAGAUGGCCCGAGCAUACUUGCUAUACUUGUUCGGGGCUUCUCUGUUCCCGAACAGGCAUAGCCGGGUGCACCUAUGCUAUCUAGCGGGCUUGGUCGACUUGGGACAGGCGGGACGCUUCGACUGGGGAGGUGCUGCUCUAUGCACGCUCUACUGUCUCCUUGGAGCUGCUUCUCGCGGGGUUGGAGACACAGUUGGAGGGUACUGGCAGGUGUUUGAGCUUUGGGCUUACGAGGUUCCCGGGAUGUUCCCACUCGAGAAUACUUGUACGGACUCGAACUUACUCCCAUGCGGCUUAGCCUGGGGUAAGGCGUACCGGAGAGCAAAGGAGCGACGAGGAGAGGUGAUGACUUUUCGGCGCUGGCUGGACAACCUGACAGGGGUUGUGGUACGAUCGACAUCUCUUGCUUUUCUUUUAUCAAAUUUUUCGGCGAGUAGGCUUAUGAAUGAAUCCAAAAUUUGA